AAUGAUGAGUCCCAUGGUUCGUGCCGCCAUGUCACCAGGACCGGGGAUGAUGUCGAUGGAUCGUGGCCCCUUAACGCCAUCCAUGGUGAAUCAGUCGAUGCCCUCGGCGACAUCGACGCCACAACAGCAGCAGCAACAUGGCGGUCAAUUAGUCGCCAUGCACCAACAGCUCCAGCAAUCCCAGCCCCCGCGGGGUCAAUCCCGCUCUCGUUGCUUAUCGACUUUAUCGUGCAACGGACUUAUCAUGAUCUCACCGUAUUGACGGAGCUACUACCACGAAAAACGGAUAUGGAACGAAAACAGGAAAUCUUCAACUUUUCCGCGAGAACGAGACUGCUUGCAGUCAGAUUGUUGGCGUUGGUCAAAUGGGCGUCAUCCGCGGCGAAAGUGGACAAAUCUGUGCACAUAAUGGCCUUUUUAGAGAAACAGUCAAUGAUAUUUGUUGAAUCGGCGGAUAUCUUGUCGCGCAUGGCGAGAGAAACUUUGGUUCACGCUAGACUCCCAAAUUUCCACGUCCCUGCUGCCGUCGAGGUGCUCACGACGGGGACGUAUAACCGGUUACCGACGUGUAUCAGGGAACGAAUCGUCCCACCCGACCCGAUCACCACGAUCGAAAAGAAAACGACCCUAAACCGCCUCAACCAAGUAAUUCAACACCGCCUCGUCACCACCCAGCUGCCCGCGCAGAUGCGCAACCUAAAAAUUGACAAUGGUCGCGUCCUAUUCCGCGUCGAGAACGAGUUUCAAGUCUCCAUCACCGUGCUCGGGGACGGGCCCACGAUUCCCUGGCGGAUCAUCGAGAUUGAACUGCUCGUCGAGGAUAAAGACAUCGGCGACGGGAUGACGUUAGCUCAUCCACUGCAGAUUCACUUUAUCCAUCAAUUAGCGCAAUCUCGCCUGGACACGUCGCACUCUCCGCUGAAGGAACUUUACGACAUUUUACACGCCUUUGCCCAAUCCCUCCAGUUGGAAGUGUUGUACUCGCAGGUGCUCAAGUUGUGCAGGGAACGGCUCGGCGAUCUCGUCUCGAUUGAGGAGUACACGGUCGGGAGGUCACUCAUUUUGGGAUAUUGGAAGGAACUGAGCGCCCUCGACCCAAAAGCUGAGCUUGGUUAUCGUCUCGUCAUCUCGACCGAUCCCGCCGACCCUGCCCAACCCCUCGGCGUGACCCACCAACCUCCUCUCACGAUGGAGGAGGCCAACCAAACGUGCGAAGGCUUGAGGAGCAAUCAGCUCGAGAAGAUUAUGGUGCACACGGUCUACCUCCGCAGCAAGAAUCGUCUCUCCGACUUGAAGAAAGAGGUCGAAAUAUUUCUCGGCGUUUCGUGUACCCUGCAAGGAUCGCCCCCCAUUUUGAGCAUCCCUGUGUUGGCGCAUUGUCUAAAAUCUGAGCAACUCUUGGUCACCGUGAACAUUCAGACGGGCUCGUUCCUCGUGCACAUACCUCAAUUUGAGCACCCCUCGCCCCACGUGGUGUCGGAUAUCCAGCAAACGCUCAACUCUCCGUCGAUUGACACGCCAAAGUUGAAGGAGCUCAUUUCACAGUUGAGAUACUGGAUAACUGAGCGUCGCUGUGAAAAAACGCUGCAACACUUGCCGGCCAGUGCGGGCGACCGGAUUACCCUGCUCAAGUGGGAUGAACACCCAAUCCUCAGAAAUAUUGGGAAGCAACGCCUCACCAUCAAGUUUCAAAGGCAUCCUUACGCAAUUUUGAUCGUCGAAUUUCACGAGAUUGAGGAGCACUUGACCGAAAUGGAGUACAACUUUUACCUCGUCAUCGUCAAGAAAGCUUCGGCCGAUGAAAAUGAAGAAUUUUUACCUCAGAGCCACAUGCCGGGCGGUGUCGUGCCAAAGUUCUAUUUAAAACCGGUCACCGUCAUGCCGCUAGACACGUUCGCAGCCACGCAUGGACCAUACACGGAAGUUGAUGUUCUCGACUUCAGUGAGCGAGUCCUCGGGAAGAGAAAGAUGGGUUCACCACACGUCAAACCGGGCGAGCCGUCGUUAAAAAAGCAGAAAAAUCCUGCCUAUUUCGUACCUGAAUUAGCCCACAUUGUCGCCAUGUGUGACGAGCGGCUGCCUUUUGCCCUGUUAACGGUGGAGUUCUCUAAAGUGGGCAUAAUCCACUCAGGAUGUACCGUUCUGGCGCAAGGGUCCUGUCUGGGCGUCGGCAUUUUCCGAUUUCCCUCUACUUUACCAAAUAUUCCACAAUCCACGCUGGAAAAGCUGGAUUCCUUCGUGGAAUCGGCCUUCGUACGGACACAGACACAGUUGAGGGGGCACAAAACGUGGAAUUUGGACAUUCGGUUUACCAAGUGGGGUGGCAGCGAACCUGUCCCCAACUCUGAAAAGCCGCUCCACUUUGUCUACGACAUGGCCUUAUCGUCGGACGACCACGUGCCACAAAUUGUCCGAAACAUGCUCGAUGACUGGCUCGCGAUUGCGAAAAUGUUUCAUCUCGUGCUCCGGUCAAAUUGGUGUCGGAGGAUGGAAGCGUCCAACUUGGUCGCGGUCAAGUCUUUCCAUUGGAACAGACUCGUCCUCUCGUACGGCCCGAGUCGUGCGGCCAAUGUCACCAUCUUCUACAGCAUUCAAGACAAGUGUUACAAGCUAUCGUUUGGCGGAAGCCAAUCUCACAAUCCGCACACCUUGCUGCGCCUCCAACUCCAACAAUUCAUGAACUCUCCCGACGGAACGCUGGAUUCCUUAAUGAAACUCCUCAACGACACGUACGAACCGUUAUACGCGCUCACCAAGCUGCCCUCCACCCCGCAACUGGGCGUUCUCUUUGGCAAAGACAGCCCCCACAUUCCCGUCCAAACCUUCGUCCUCGUACCGAGAUCGCCCUACCACGUGUCCAUCGUCUACUGCAACGUGUACUGUUUGGACGUCCACUUUCAGAGCGAGGGCCUCGUCUCGAUCAAGGACGGAGCGUACUCGCAAUUCGAUAAGAGCCACGUGCUCGGAGAGUUCUCUUUGACGCAGGGGUUGAAGGCAUUUUUGUCCAAAUAUGUCGACGAGAACGCCAUGUUUCGACGUCGCUCACAAUCGGAAGACGACAAUCCUCCCUCCCCGAUCUCUACCAUGAUGGAAAUGGAUCACAGCGUGGGGACGCCCGGAUCUGGGGGAGGCGGUCCAGGAUCAUCCAGUCCCUUCUUGACAAGGAGUCAACAGCCUUCCAGCCCUGCUCCGGGGAGGUCAAACCCACACACGCCGGCCAGUCCACAUAUCCAACAAGCACAAAACCAAAAUUCGACUGGAUUCAGUCCAGCGGCCACGUCCCUCGCAAACUUGGCGUCUCCUCCGUCACUCAGCCAUCUCAGUCAGCAAAGUCCAAAUCCAAGUUCGGCCAUGCAUCACCACCCGACGCCGUCACCUUCCACCCUGCUUCCGGCCCCGUCUCCAUCCGCAGGGCCGAUGUCCGUCCCAACCCCGUCACCAAACCCUGGCUCGGCCGCGCAAAGUUUGGCGGCACAUGGACCUGCGAGUGCAAUGGCGUCGUUGGGCGGAGGUGGUGGAGGGGCGAGCCACCCGUCCCCAUUUUUCCACGCGGAAAGUUCUCCCGCACCGAUGCCGAGUCCGUGGGCGAAUGCGGGUUCGCCCGGAAUGCCACGACCCGCGACGAGAGUGGGACAUUCACCGCAGGGACAUGGGGACAACCGUCAAAGUGUAUCGACGAGUCGCGUCCUUCCUCAGAAGAGUUGGGCCGGCGCAAUCCCCACGACGCUGACUGCGGACGCGCUUGACAUCCUGUGCACUCCGACGACCUCCGUGGAUGGCGUGGACAAUGAGAACGGCUACCCGUGUCGACCUCUCGAACGAUUUUUGGGUUGCUCCUACUUGAGAAGGCAACUUCAGAGGAUCGUCACUUCAGAAGAUAAUCUCCACCCACAACCCAACGAACCCGGCGUGAUAAUGUUCCGCUCAGACUCGCUCCAAUUCCGCGUCAGUCUAGACCCGAAUCACUUCCAGUCUCUCCACUUGAAAGUCAACCCGGUCCCAGAAUCACAAAAUUUAUGGAGUCCGGAUGAAAUUCAACUGUUGGAAAAGUUUUUCGCCACCAAAGUCGUCAGCCCACCGUUUCGGCCGUACGGUUUGGCCGCCUUUGCGAAAUUGGUCUCUCUUCCCACGAGAAUUAUUAAGGACUGCCUUCAGAUCAUCCGGCUCCAGUUGAUUCCCUCCAUCGUGGAACAGCAAGGCUGGAAGUGGAACGUCCAACUGUGUCUGACCGUUCCCCCCUCGCAGAUGCCGAUAGUGAGACCGGGAAUGUCCGCCAUUGUGACGUCGCACAGCAAAAUUUUACUUUAUUUACUGUUAACUCGAGCGUACGGAAAUAAUAUUGAACUCCCCAUGUUGGACGAUCAAGGACAACCCCAACUAUUUCAAGAACCCGAAAAGAUUCCGUUCGUCGUGCUUCCCUUAAUUCAUGAAUUGACCGCAAAUUCCACCCAGUUGGCGGAAAAGAGGGCUGUGGGACCUCCUCCCACCGAGUACAUCGUGAUCAGCGAGCAGCUCCGUCGCUUCGUCCAAUUUCAUCACUCGAUGGAAUGCUCCAUCUUCCCCGCGGUGCAAGAUCUCUUAAUGAAUCUGACCCUCCCACCGGAAUCCGGUCCGGGAAGUGUUCAGAUGCAGCAGCAACAACAAAUGCAGCAACAAAUGCAAGGCCCACCGAUGAUACCUCCCCAAAUGGGGCAGAUGGGUGGUCCCCCCUUCGCCUCGCCACAUGCGGGUCAUGGAAUGUAAAUAAAUUCUAUUAUGCAGCCUCCCCAUGAAAUAAUUAACAUCAACUAGUUAGUUAUUUUGACAACGACAUCUAAAAUAUGUAUGUAUGUACAUAAAUACGUAGGUAACUUUAAAUCCAAUGUGUUAAUUAAAUACGAAUUCUAACUAUAAAUAGGUUUAGGUAGGAUAUAUAUUGACCCAACAACCCAAAUGUAUGUACUUAUUGAUAAUUGUUUGUGUACCAUUUUUGAGCUUUUCUGGUUCCAAUAAUAAUUAACCUGAACAAAUUCAAAAGAAUAAUUCCAACAUGCAAA